ACUCCAUGAUCCCAUGAAGAGAGAGAGAACUCUCUCUCUCUCUCUGUCUCUGUGCCCUAACCCUAGAAGAUAACCCUAGGAGAGCCGCUAGGGUUUUGUCAUAUGAGCAACCUGCAAGACAUUUUCUGUAAAAAUUCGAAGAAAUCCAGUUCUUGAUUUUUGAUGGAUGUAGAAGUAGACGAUUUUUCAGAAAGUGGAUCGGCCGGAGAUUUUCGGUCUAAGAAAGAAGUUCUCAGUGGCAUUCUUCUGUAAAUAAACAGUAGUUUUCGCCUAGAAUCAAACCAUGGGCUGCAUUUGUUGCAAGCCUUCUGCGAUCGAGGACAGUCGGGAGAGUCCGAGGGAGCGAGUGCCGAGUAAAUUGCCGUCGACUGAACGGGCACCGGCGUCUUCUUCUUCUUCUUAUUUGAGGAGAGAAGAAACCGUUCGUGGUGGAAAAGAGAGGACAGAGCGGGCGGAUAGUCGAAAUGGAAGGGUAACGGUUUUUGAGAAGCAAGGGAACGGUUUGGAUCGAGUGGACGGAGAGAAUCCGGAGAGGAUAAGGGAAAAGCAGGCGUUUAUUCGGUACCAUCAUCGUCUGGGAGUUGCAAGCAUUCCGAAGGUUAUGGAAGGGGAACAGGUCGCGGCGGGUUGGCCCCCUUGGCUUGCAGCGGUGGCCGGAGAAGCAAUUAUUGGGUGGAUCCCGCGCCGUGCGGAUUCUUUUGAGAAACUUGACAAAAUUGGCCAAGGAACAUACAGUAACGUUUAUAGGGCUCGUGAUCUUGAUAAUGGAAAAAUUGUUGCUUUGAAGAAAGUACGGUUUGAUAACCUGGAGCCUGAAAGUGUUCGUUUUAUGGCGAGAGAAAUUCACAUUCUCCGUAGACUUGAUCAUCCGAAUAUAGUAAAAUUGGAAGGCUUGGUAACAUCACGGAUGUCUUGCAGCUUGUACCUUGUUUUUGAGUACAUGGAGCAUGAUCUUGCUGGGCUUGCUUCUUGCCCUGGUCUGAAGUUCACAGAGCCACAGGUUAAGUGUUACAUGCAACAAUUGCUGCGUGGACUUGAUCAUUGUCAUAGUCGCAAUAUUCUACAUCGAGACAUUAAGGGUUCGAAUCUUCUAAUUGACAAUAGCGGCAUCUUGAAGAUAGCAGAUUUUGGCUUGGCAAGUUUUUUUGAUCCUGAUCGAAGGCACCCAUUGACAAGCCGUGUAGUUACUUUAUGGUAUAGACCACCAGAGCUUCUGCUUGGGGCCACUGACUAUGGGGUUGCAGUGGAUUUGUGGAGUACUGGUUGCAUACUUGCAGAAUUGUAUGCAGGCAAGCCUAUCAUGCCUGGAAGAACAGAGGUGGAACAAUUGCAUAAAAUUUUCAAGCUUUGUGGCUCACCAGCUGAGGAUUAUUGGAGAAAAUCAAAAUUGCCACAUGCAACCAUUUUCAAACCACAACAGCCUUAUAGACGAUGUGUUGCGGAAACAUUCAAAGUCUUCCCUGCGCCAGCUUUAGAGCUUAUGGAAAUUCUUCUUUCCAUUGACCCGGCAGAUCGUGGGACUGCAGCUUCUGCCCUAAAGAGUGAGUUCUUUACAACAAGACCACUUCCUUGUGAUCCUUCAAGCUUGCCCAAAUAUCCUCCAAGCAAAGAAUUUGAUGCAAAAGUACGGGAUGAGGAAGCUAGAAGGCAAAAUGGUGGCAAAGUGCAGAGGGUUGACCAAGAGAGGAAAGGACCAAGAGAAUCUAGAGCAAUUCCGGCACCUGAUGCCAAUGCUGAGUUAGCCUUGUCAAUAGAGAAAAGACAAGGCCAAUCCAAUUCCAAGAGCCGUAGUGAGAAAUUUAAUCCCAAUCUGGAGGAAGCUGCUUCUGGCUUCCCAAUUGACCCACCGAGACAAGCUCGGGCCUUAGAAGAAGCAAGUGAAGAUUCUCAGGGGCAUGUACGUUAUAGAGCUUCACAUUCAGGGCCAUUAGUUCACCGGGGUGCAUGGGCAAAGGCCCGAAAGAAUGAGGAUGAUGCUUCAAAUGUUUCGGCUGAGGCUGAUUUGUCAGCCUUGUCUGAUUUGGUAGCAGCUAGGAGGAAGAUAUUAUCCGAUGAUCGCAGGGAGAAAAGUGGUUCUUCUAACUCAGAAUCCACGAACGGAAGGUUUGCUGAAUCUGGCACUGAGGCCUCUGAAUCGACCAGAAUGCAUGAUCGGAUAUCUUGCCCAAAAGAAGAUGGAAAAAUGAGCAGUAAGGACCCUAUUUUGCUGGGUUAUGGCUCAAAGGGGAAAAAGAUCCACUACUCGGGACCAUUGCUACGUCCGACGGGUAAUGUUGAUCAGAUGCUCAAGGACCAUGAUCGCCAGAUCCAAGAAGUUGUACGGCGAGCACGGCUCGACAAGGCAAGAAUCAGGAGACUUCAGGCUGAAGGGAACCAGAUUCCGUCCAAGCCUUAUCAUUCUAGCAGUGUUCCAAUUGUUGCCUCUGGACAGGAAGCUGUGUAAGGCGAUGGGAUUAAGAAGACAGACGGGAUUAUCUCCCAUCUGAAGAAAGAUCACAGAAACUAUGGAGCGGUACCCAGCUCUUGUGAAUUAGAAAGGCUAAAGAGGCCCCCCAUUAUGUAAAGUCGAGGUCUUCUCAUGUCUGUUCUCACCAAGAAGCCUUUAUGGAGGGUAGAAAUGAAUGGAUGAAUCAAUGGUGAGAAAGGUGUCCUCUUAUUCAUUAAUUACAUCCUGGGGUCUCACUUUGCUUCAAUUUGCUCUUGGACUCUGUCAUUACCAUCCGUUGAAAUCUCAGCCCUCUAUGUGGGGCUCAUCAGAUAGUCGAGGAAUAUAGUAUGCAGUGUAGUUACGUAGUGCGCCUGACUCUUUUUUUUUUUUUUGUUUUGUUUUCUUCUUCUUUUUCUUUUACGGAAGAUACUCCCGAUACAAGGUUGCUUUAUCGGGUGUCCAUGUAUUUGUAUAUGCAAUUGCUGUCGCUUGCAACAGUAUGCAGAAGCUAGAACUAGAGAUGAAGCUGGAUAUGAAGGGCCCCUCAAGUGGGGGAGUUUAUUGUUACUUGCA